CCUUGUCUUGAAGUUGUCGCAGGUGGGGGAGGGGCGACAGACCCGACCAGACCCUGAGUCAGAAAUGCCCCCUCAGCACUUUCUUGGGUUGGGUGGGUGGGGGGUGACCGCCAGCCUGGGGAUGGGGGGCUGGGUGCCGCCCUGGUGGCCUCCGGACCACCAGGCUCUCCUGGUCACAACCCAGCACUAUGGCCCUGAGGUCUUUGUGACUUGGGACCUCUGUCCCCACAACAGAUGGAACAGAGGCUAUUUUGGAACGUGCCCUCCUCGCUUUCUCCCAGGGGCCACCCACCUGCCCCCCACUGCCUUUUCACCCAUGGGGCAGAAAGACUCAGGGGUCUGGGUAAAGGGUGUCUGGGGCAGAGGGGCCGCAGGGCUCUCCUGUCCGGUGACUGGGGAGGCUUGGGGUGGUCUGCUGUGCAACACUGACCUGGGUGGGGUAGGGUCACAGGAGGGAUCUGAGUCCCAGGGGCCCCUGCCUCCUCGUCUCUCCAGGCCCUGUCUGCCCAGGAGCUGUGUAUGAGUCUUGGGGGCUCCUUUGCCAGAGUAAGGGUUGGGGGCGGCCUCCUGGGCCCAGCUGCCUCUCCGGAGGGUGGAGCUUUGCCCCUCCACUGUCCCCAUGAUGUGCCUUCCCUCUGGGGUGUCACUCCAGGCCUGUUGGGUUCUGCCCGGCCUGUUUUAUUGGCGGCCUGGGCGGGUGGAGGUGUGGCCUGGGCUAGGGGGUGGCUCGGGUGGGACCCAGGCCCCAGGAGUCUCUGUUCCUCACCCAGGCCAUUAGGACUGGCCCUGGGUGGAAGGGACUCUAGGCUGGGUGAGUGUGUUGCCGUCCGAGACAUCUGGCCUACUCGGGAUCCCAGAGGACUGGGAAACUCCAGACCCCUGUUGCCCUGCGGAGAUUGUGGGGUCUGCGUGGGAGGCUCUGUGGUCACCCAGACCUGGAUUCAAACCCCAGCCCCAUGUGUCCAAGCAGAGGAUCCCUGAGCCUCAGUUGUCCUCAACCAUGGAAUGGGACCGCCCGGGUGCCCCCUUCUCUGACACCUGUUGGUGCUCACCUUAACCUCCUGAACUCGAUUCGUCCCUCCUUGAGUGCCAUGGGGAGGGUACUGUUAUCCACACUGUUUUGCAGGUGGGGAACCUGAGGCCCAGAGAAGUUGUGGCUUGGGAGUUGCUGUUGAGUUAUGUGAUGGGGGGAGGGUUAGCCCCGGGCCCGUAUACAACAGGCGCUCAAUCUCAGCCAGCCACCGUCUCUGUCUGCCUGAGAUGGGAGGAUACCUAGAUACCUGGAGGCCAGGCUGGGCUGCUUCAACAGGGACUCAGGCAGCAACUGGAACUUAGAACCCACCUGACUGGGGCCCGGAGCCCGCUGGCCAAUCACAGGCCAGGAACGCCCAUUCCCCCACCCUGCUUAUGAAGCAAUAAUCCAAGAUCUCCUGGGGCAGACAGUCUGGCCACAGCGUGUUUCUCUGUGGCCCAGUGCGGGGCGACCUUGCUACCCAGGCCCAUAGUAGGCUGUAUGUGAAGAGCCUGCGCCUCUGCCUCCAAGAAGGCCUCCAGGUUUCUGCAAAUGCGUGAAUGAGCCGGAUGCCAGCCUCUGUCCCCUGGAGCCCAGCGUGAGGAAGAGGCAUGCCCCAUCAGGCUUCAGCUUGAGCCCGGCGGCCCCCGCCCCCGCCCCCUGCCACCCUGCACUGCCCCGGCUCCCCCGCGGCCCCCACGCUGCAGUGCGGCCGGGCCCCCUCCCCGCAGGGGCCGCCCCCGCCGCCCACCCCUAGCGCCCGUGGUGGUGGUGGUGGUGGUGGUGGUGGCCCGGGCCGCAGGGCUAUGAAGCUACAGGCCGUGAUGGAGACGCUCUUGCAGCGGCAGCAGCGGGCACGCCAGGAGCUGGAGGCCCGACAGCAGCUGCCCCCCGAUCCCCCUGCUGCACCCCCUGGCCGGGCCCGGGCUGCCCCCGACGAGGACAGAGAGCCCGAGAGUGCCCGGAUGCAGCGGGCUCAGAUGGCCGCACUCGCAGCCAUGCGUGCUGCAGCUGCGGGCCUGGGACACCCUGCCAGCCCUGGCGGCUCUGAGGAUGGGCCUCCAGGCUCGGAGGAGGAGGACGCGGCCCGGGAGGGGACACCGGGCUCGCCCGGCCGAGGCAGAGAAGGGCCAGGAGAGGAGCACUUUGAGGACGUGGCCUCCGACGAGGACAUGAAGCCCAAAUGGGAGGAGGAGGAGAUGGAGGAAGACCUCGGGGAGGAUGAGGAGGAGGAGGAGGAGGAUUACGAGGAUGAGGAGGAGGAGGAGGACGAGGAGGGGCUGGGCCCCCCAGGCCCUGCCAGCUUGGGCACCACGGCACUGUUCCCCCGAAAGGCCCAGCCACCCCAGGCCUUCCGCGGCGAUGGCGUUCCCAGGGUGCUGGGGGGCCAGGAGCGGCCGGGGCCUGGCCCUGCCCACCCCGGAGGGGCCGCCCACGUAGCUCCGCAGCUGCAGCCGCCUGACCACGGGGACUGGACUUAUGAGGAGCAGUUUAAGCAGCUCUACGAACUCGACGGGGACCCCAAGAGGAAGGAAUUCCUGGAUGACUUGUUCAGCUUCAUGCAGAAGCGAGGGACACCUGUGAACCGCAUCCCCAUCAUGGCCAAACAGGUCCUUGACCUGUUCAUGCUGUACGUGCUGGUGACGGAGAAGGGUGGCCUCGUGGAGGUCAUCAACAAGAAGCUGUGGCGCGAGAUCACCAAGGGCCUCAACCUGCCCACGUCCAUCACCAGUGCAGCCUUCACCCUGCGGACCCAAUACAUGAAGUACCUGUACCCCUACGAGUGUGAGAAGCGGGGCCUCAGUAACCCCAACGAGCUCCAGGCAGCCAUAGACAGCAACCGACGGGAGGGCCGGCGCCAGAGCUUUGGGGGCUCCCUCUUUGCCUAUUCGCCAGGCGGGGCACAUGGCAUGCUCUCCUCACCCAAGCUGCCCGUGUCCUCCCUGGGCCUGGCCGCAAGCACCAACGGCAGCUCCAUCACCCCCACCCCUAAGAUCAAGAAAGAGGAGGACUCAGCCAUCCCCAUCACGGUCCCUGGCCGCCUGCCGGUCUCCCUGGCAGGCCACCCUGUGGUGGCAGCCCAGGCAGCAGCUGUGCAAGCAGCAGCCGCCCAAGCAGCUGUGGCCGCACAGGCAGCUGCCCUGGAACAGCUGCGGGAGAAGCUGGAGUCUGCAGAGCCUCCUGAGAAGAAGAUGGCCCUGGUGGCUGAUGAGCAGCAACGGCUGAUGCAGCGGGCACUACAGCAGAACUUCCUGGCCAUGGCGGCCCAGCUGCCCAUGAGCAUUCGGAUCAACAGCCAAGCUUCCGAAAGCCGCCAGGACUCUGCUGUGAACCUGACGGGCACCAACGGCAGCAACAGCAUCAGCAUGUCAGUGGAGAUCAACGGCAUCAUGUACACAGGAGUUCUGUUUGCUCAGCCGCCGGCCCCCACGCCAACCUCUGCUCCCAACAAAGGAGGCAGCGGCGGCGGCAGCAGCAGCAACACAGGCAGCCGGGGAGGAAACACCGGAACCAGCAGUGGCCAAGCUGGGCCAGCGGGGCUGUCUGCACCCUCCACAUCUACCUCAAAUAACUCGUUGCCUUAACCACAUCACUCCCCACCCGCCACCCACCCUGGAGCCCGCCGGCCUGGGCAGGGGGUCCAGGUGGGCCACACGGGCCAGGAUGGCGGAAGAUACGGGUGGGGAGGGAAGAUAUCCAGAAAGGAGCCACAGCUGAAGCCAAAAAGAAGAGAAAAAAGAUAUAUAUAUAUAUAUACGUAUAUAUAUAAAGAGAAUUUAAUAAAACGGGAAAACCAAGGAA